UGUUGUAGUUGUCCAACACCCGAAGCAACUUCUCGUCGCUUAUUUCUUUGGUAUAAAUCCACGGAUUUAGUGGCCAUCCUGACCAGUCCGGCUUCUCUUUUAAUAUAUUGUGCGUCGCGUACCUUAGUGCCAAAAACAAAUUUUUUCGUUGACAUCAUGAGGCGGAACGUUCCUGUACUUCAGCUCCUUUUACUGGCAGCUUUCUCAGCAUCACAUCCUAUCCAUAACCCAUAUGGAUAUUAUUAUCCCGUAGCCUAUACUGGAUCUGUAAGCUACGCUGAUUCAAACUAUGGAUAUGGCAGCUACGCACCACAAAUUCGAACUUACUCACCUAAUGCUCCAUCUUACAAUAGUGAGCUCGUUUAUGACUAUGCACGUGAUCUGGGAUAUUCAGUUUUCUCUGAGGAGCAGCCAACACUUAACGUUAUGGCAGAGUUGCCUUAUUCAGUAUCAAAUCAAUUUUCAGUGGUCCCAAUGUACGUUGUUUCGAAAAACACCAUGAAAAUGGUUUCCAAUGGACACAUCACCUCCGUAUCUAAGAACGAACCGAAAAUGACCGUUACAGCAGGAGACCAGUCCUUCCAAUGUACCCCAGCAGUCAGAAUGGUACUGGAAAAACCUUUGAUCAUUAACAGCUUGAAGAGCAAUAUUUUAUUUCCUUCUGAGGUACAAAUUGUUCACGAAAAUGCUAGAAUUCCCAUCAAGAUUGGUGCUGUCAUAGCUCCCGUACUGCCUGAUACUUAUGUGUCGGAAGAAACUCCAAUAUCUGUAAAGAUAGUUUACGCUGUGCCAACCAAGCCAAUUAAAAUUACCAUCACUAUCGAAGAGGCUAAGGGUGAUAAAACUGAAAAACCAUUAGCCCCUAAUCUCGAAGAGCGUUUUCCUGAUGUUUCAAUUAAACCUGAAUCAACACCCAAACCUACUCAAAAACCUGAUGAUGCCAAUACAGGGCCAUUUGGAGCACUAAAACCUCAACCAGACUACGUGAACAAUGCGGACGCACAGAUAGCGGUUGAACAAGAAGCUGUUGUGGUUGAAAGUGAAGCUGAGUUACCUCCCAAGAAUGUGACCGUAAUCGAUUUUCCACAACAGGAAGCUGAGCCCCACUUGGAACAAAUUGAUGAAGACGAUGACGAGUUAGUUAAUAGGAACCCACCCCUAGUUCUAGCCCCAGCUGGUAUAGUACAGUCCACUCAGCCAGAGGCUCACGUUGAGCCCUUCCACAACGAUAAGGAGUCCUCCUAUUUGGAAACAUUAAGAGAACAAGCAAAAAAGAAAAAAAUAUAGAUACAAAUACUUUAUUGAUGUUAAGAAUUUCAUAAUUGGUUUUUAUUCUCCAAGAAAAAAAUUAUUCUAAAGGAAGUAAAUUUUUAGAUUUAUGAGAAUAA